ACUUGUGGUAUCAGUGCUUUGUGUCCCGUCGUCAUGGGCAGACGUCUGCUGUUAUGUCUGCUCCUGGUUUCUGUGAAGUGUCGGACCAUCUAUGUUGAGGAUGCCAGGCCUACGGAGGAAGAGGUGUCGUUCAUGAAACGAUACGGUUACCUGCCAGAAGUAGCCGAAGGGACAUCGUCUUUGGAUUUCUCCUACACACCGCUGUCCAUCACGGAGGCGGUACGGCGGAUGCAAGCGUUCGCUGGCCUCUCGCCCAGCGGAGUCAUCGACCAUGAUACGAAACAACUGUUCAAGAAAAAGCGGUGUGGUGUCAAAGACAUCAUUACCACAUCGUCCAGGUCAAGACGAUACGUCACACGCGAAGCAUGGACCAAAAAACACGUCACGUACAGGGUGCUCAACGGCUCCAGAACGUUAGAGAAGCAUCGCGUGGAACGGCAGAUGGCAGCCGCGCUGGCGGUCUGGGCGCCGCACGCAGGGCUCAACAUCACCCGCCUAGACACGGGGAAGGCCGACAUUGAGGUCUCUUUCGUCACCUUGGACCACGGGGAUGGGUCUCCAUUCGACGGCCCAGGGCAGGUGGUUGCGCACGCCUUCUGCCCUCCGCUCGGUGAUUUGCAUUUCGACGAUGAUGAGAUCUGGAGCGAGUACCCCGCCGACGACGAGGAAGACGAGGAGUCGACGGACUUGUUCGCCGCGGCCGUCCACGAGAUCGGGCACGCGCUCGGCCUUGCGCACUCGGACGUGCGGGCUUCCGUCAUGUACCCGUACUACCGGGCGCGGGUGCAGAGCCUGUACGAGGACGAUAUCUUGGGCAUGCGGGCGCUGUACAUGAAAGGUCAGCAAGCCGCGACCUCCGCCCUCACCGUACAAACAGAGAACCCGAUGGCGCCGCGGUUCUCCCUAGACCCUGGCGUGACUGAUGAGGAGGACGUACCCGACCUGUGCUACACCAACUUCGACACCAUUCAGGUGUUGCAGGGGAAAAUCUACGUAUUCGAAGAGGAGUGGAUGUGGGUGCUCAGCGAGCGCAAGGAGAUUGAUCCUGGGUACCCGAAGCGCUUCCACGACGUGUUCAUUGGCUUGCCAGAACACGUCGACGUAGUUAGGACGAUUUACGAGAAACGGAAUGGAAAUAUCGUCAUAUUCAAAGACAAGCAGUACUGGGAGUUCGGCCCCGACUUCCGCCUGAUCAAACGCGGCCGCCUCCGAGACUACCGCCUGUCGGGGCGCCUGCGGGAACUAACUACGAUCUUCCUGUCCAAUUACAACAAUAAGACAUACCUUAUAGACUCUGAGCGCUUCUGGCGAUUCAAUGAGGACACGUGGACUAUGGAUAAAGGGUAUCCUAAAAGUAUGUCAGCGUGGAGAGACCUCCCGUACCCUGUGGAUUCCGCUAUUAUUUGGAAGGGAGAUACGUACUUCUUCCGUGGCCCCCGCUUCUGGCGUUUCGACAACGCUCAGGUCCGCGCGCACCCCUACUACCCGCUGUUCACGGCUCAGAUCUGGUUCCCGUGCCAGCCCACGCCAGAUAUGGAGCAGUAUACCAAGAACGAAGACUAAUAUAAUGUACCGCCUAACAUAC